UUGGGCCCAGCUCAUAAAUUUCCAAAAAAGGAAAAAAGAAAGAAAAUAGCUGAUGAAACUAGAUAACUAGGGUUUUGGCGAAGAGUUAAAAAAUUUCUCCCAAAAGCGAAGAGAUAUUCGGCUUCUCUCACUUUCAAUUUUGAUCCCAAGGAGUUAAACAUGCAUCUCACUUUGGAAUUUGGCGGUGGCCUUGAACUCCUCUGCGAUUCCGUCAAAAUCCACAACGUUGACAUCCAAAUCCCCAAAUCCCAGCAAGAGAAGAAGUUUACGAUGCAAGACCUACUGUCAUGGGUCAAGACCAAUUUGAUCAAGGAGCGUCCCGAGAUGUUCAUGAAAGGGGACUCAGUGAGACCCGGUGUGCUUGUACUGGUGAAUGAUUGCGAUUGGGAACUAUACGGGAAUCUGGACGCGACGCUAGAAGAUAAGGAUGUGGUGGUUUUCAUUUCUACUUUGCACGGCGGGUAAUAAUGUCAAAAUUCGAGAUUGAUAUAUGUAACUAAUGCGACUGAUAUGCACUUAAUGGUUGCUCUUUGAGAGUAUGUGUAAUGAUUGUGAGAACUUCUUAUAUUUAUAUGUAUUAUUGUACCAACUCUUUGCUUUUUGAUGUAUUUAAUCCAAGAGAUACAUAUCUAUCUUCACUUAGUUUUA